AUGGAUAACAAGACAAGCGACACUGCCAAUCCACUGUUUACUCUCAGUGCCCAUACAUCAUCAGUCCAACACCAGCCAAGUACUUUUUAUGUCCAUCAGCCAGUAUCCUCUAAUGGCCUCCAUUCUCACUCCCAAUCAGCAAGACCUAUUGCUACAGCUAUAAGUCUUUGGAAUCUGCCUCCACUGGACUCUACAUCGACAUCUACCGACCCAAUAUUACAAAAACCCAUAUUCCCACAAAACCACCAACCAUCAUGGGUGUCAGAGUUUUCUGCUCCACCCAACAGCCAACAGCAAUUCACUUCGGAUCAUCCAAGUAUUGAAGAUGCAGUGGAGCAGUAUUGGAAUGCUAACUAUCAGCCAGGUGUCUGGGAUUGGGAAAAGGCAUUUUCUUCCAAUGACGCUUUGGCCUUGCCAGCCAAUAAUCCCAACAUGGCCAUUUCAGCACUUCGCAGGAUUAGAAUGGUGUCCACUCAUCUCAAAUUCGAUAAACUCAUCGACUAA